CUCUCGCGAGAUUAUCGCAAAAUACAACUUCCGGCGCUGCAAGCAUUUAACAACACUUUCACAACAUAAGACGGGUUCACAUGGGAGCACAUGAAGAGGACUUUGUUCAGUGUCAGACAUUCAUGAAAUUAUCAUUCAGUCAAACACUCGAUAAAUAUGGAGAAGAUGUCACGGGUCACCACCGCCCUAAGCAGCAACACCAUCAGUGGCAAAACUAUGUUCUGCCACUUGGACGCUCCUGCCAAUGCCAUCAGCGUGUGCCGCGACGCGUCCCAAGUUGUCGUCGCCGGGCGGAACAUUUUCAAGAUCUACACCAUCGAGGAAGAGCAGUUUGUGGAAAAACUGAAUUUGCGCGUUGGCCGCAAACCCUCCCUGAACUUCAGCUGCGCUGAUGUCAUGUGGCACCAGAUGGAGGAGAAUCUGCUGGCCACAGCUGCUACCAACGGGGCGGUGGUCACGUGGAAUUUGGGAAAGCCGUCUCGCAACAAGCAGGACCAGCUGUUUACCGAGCACAAACGCACCGUCAACAAGGUGUGCUUCCACCCCACAGAGGUUUACAUGCUGCUGAGCGGCUCUCAGGACGGCCUGAUGAAGUGCUUUGACCUGCGGAAGAAGGAGUCUGUCAGCACCUUCUCAGGUCAGUCAGAAAGUGUGAGGGACGUCCAGUUCAGCAUGAAGGAUUUUACAUUUGCUGCAUCCUUUGAAAACGGGAACGUUCAGCUGUGGGACAUCAGACGACCGGAUCGGUACGAGAGAAUGUUCACCGCCCACACCGGGCCCGUCUUCUGCUGUGAUUGGCACCCCGAUGACAGAGGCUGGCUGGCGACAGGAGGCAGAGACAAGAUGGUGAAGGUUUGGGACAUGACCACCAACAGAGCUAAAGAGAUCUACUGCGUCCAGACCAUUGCGUCCGUGGCUCGAGUUAAAUGGCGCCCCGAGAAGAGGUUUCACUUGGCCACCUGCUCCAUGAUGGUGGACCACAACAUCUACGUGUGGGAUAUCCGCCGACCCUUCAUCCCCUUCGCCACCUUCGAGGAGCACAAAGACGUGACCACUGGUAUUGUGUGGCGCCACCAGCACGAUCCGGAUUUUCUGCUCUCCGGGUCCAAAGACAGUACGCUCUACCAGCACAUGUUCAAAGACGCCACACGGCCCGUAGACAAGGCCAACCCCGAGGGUUUGUGCUUCGGACUUAUGGGGGAUUUAGCCUUUGCGGCCAAGGAGAGUCUGAUAAACAGUGACACCAAUAGGAAGCCCUACGCUGGCGGUGAUCGCCGCAAUCCCCUCUUCUUCUUCAAGAAGACCGACCCGACAGAACAGUUUGCUCACGUGUCCAGUGCGCUGACGAUCUACGAAACGGACUUUGACAGUAACCACAUGGACUGGUUUGUCAGUACGGCGCAGCGCUAUCUUCUCAGCGGAAAGCCUUUUGCCGAGCUGUGUGAUCACAACGCCAAAGUGGCCCGGGAGCUCAAGAGACCUCAAGUUUCUACGACGUGGACCAUGCUGAGGAUUAUGUUCUCCGACCCAGCCAACCUUCCCGCAGCCGGCCUUAACCACAGCCUCAGUAAACUCGGCUCCUUACCUUUAAUGAACAGUUUCAGUUUGAAGGAUUCAGGCCUGGGCACAGAGAGCAGACUGGAGCGCAGUAAAGGAGACAACAGGCAGGAUAACAUCCACCUGGAGGCUGGGAACUCACACAUCAGCAAUAAUAAUGAAGAAAACGAGGAGACGGAGGGCAGUGACGGCCCUGCAGAGUGCAUGUUUGGAGACGCAGAGUUAGACGAUGACGAUCUCUACUCAAUGGACCAUGAAAACCAAGCAGAGGAGCAGGAGUACACGCUUCCACAGGAGGGCUUCCAGCUGCGGCACGAAAUCGUGGACAACCCAUCCGCCCCAGAGCACUUCCAGCAGGACAAGGCCGACUCGCCUCACGUCAGCGGCAACGAGGCCGAGGUCCCCUGCCUCACUCCCAUAGAGUCUUUCUCGCUCAUCUCCAUUUCCCAGCCGCUGUUCACCCACCAUCUUCCCGCUAGCUUCUUCUGCCCCAUUGUGCGGGAAAUGCUGAGCUACUACGCCGAGCAGGGUGACGUCCAGAUGGCUGUGUCUGUGUUGAUCGUCUUAGGAGAAAAGAUCCGAAAGGAGAUUGACGACCUUACUCAGGAGCACUGGUACAUGUCUUAUAUAGACAUGCUGCAGCGGUUCGAGCUCUGGAACGUGUCCAACGAGGUCAUCAAACUGAGCACGUGCAGCGCUAUUACCUGCCUGAAUCAGACGUCCACGACUCUCCACAUCAACUGCAGCAACUGCAAGCGACCGAUGAGCAGCAAAGGCUGGAUGUGUGACAGGUGCCAUCAGUGUGCCAGCAUCUGUGCGGUGUGCCACCAUGUGGUGAAGGGCCUGUUCGUGUGGUGUCAGGGCUGCAGCCACGGCGGACAUCUGGAGCACAUUAUGAACUGGCUGAAGAGCAGCGCUCACUGCCCUGCAGGCUGCGGCCACCUGUGCGAGUACACGUGACCCGAGCCACAGCUGGUUCCCAGAGGAAGAUGAGGAAGUCGUCCUCAAUGCUGGCCUGGAUCUCACUCCGUCAGGCGUCGCAGAGAAAGAAGACCGCGUCUCCUAUCGACUUGGUCCUGGAGCGUUUUGAUGAAGGUUUUUGAAGUAAAGUCAGACCAAGUUCA